AAGCUACACACAAACGUCCUUUCCGACACGCCAUUUUCCGUCGACUUCCGAGAGGAGCACGUCUGCGGUGGAGACGCUGAAACUUUAAUCUGCAAGCUGCAUUAAAUACGAUCCAGCCAUGCAUCGGGACUGUCCCCUCGACUGUAAGGUUUAUGUUGGAAAUCUGGGAAACAAUGGAAACAAGACGGAGCUGGAGAGGGCCUUUGGCUACUACGGCCCACUGCGUAGUGUGUGGGUGGCCAGGAAUCCCCCGGGUUUUGCCUUUGUUGAGUUUGAAGAUCCCAGAGAUGCGACUGAUGCCGUGCGUGAGUUAGAUGGAAGGACACUUUGUGGUUGCCGGGUGCGAGUGGAACUGUCCAACGGUGAGAAGCGCAGUCGCACCCGCGGUGCACCUCCCUCGUGGGGCAGGCGCAUUCGAGAUCGAGACGAUUACCGGCGGCGCAGCCCACCGCCGAGGCGAAGAUCCCCUCGCAGGCGAAGCUUCAGCCGCAGCCGAAGCAGGUCUUUGUCAAGAGACAGGAGGAGAGAGAGGUCCCUCUCCCGGGACAGGAACCAUAAGCCUUCCAGGUCCUUCUCUCGUUCUAGAAGCCGCUCCAGGUCUACUGAAAGAAGAUAGAGGAGAGUCAUGUCAGGUUUAAAGGGAGCUGCAGAUGAACGUUUUUACAGGCUCUGCCAUUUCAUAUGAUGGACUCCAGCAUCGAUGUGCGAUCGUUUGUUUUUGUUUCGUCUUUUUUUUUUUUUAUUUUAACGCCUUUUAGUGUCCCUCCUUU